AUGCCGGGGGAGCAGCCCCGCGGAGCACCGCCCGAGGGCCUGACCACGGACCUGCCGCCCUGCCGAGUCGCCCGCGGUCUGGGAGGCCCCUCCCCGCACGCCCUCCAGGACCGCUCCCCGGCCGGCAGGGGCCCCCUGGACACAAGGGAGACGGGCAGCAAAGCCCGGACCAGGGAGCCCCCCAAGGCCUGCCUGAGGCAGGCUGAGGAGGCAGAGUCCGAGGCCUCGCGCCUGAGGGGCCAGGCCCUGGGCAGCCCCCCCAGGAAGGAGAGCGGCUCUCGGGUCCCACCAGGGAGGAGCCACACCCCCGCUCACACGUGGCCGGCCAGCCGGGCAGCCAGCAGCCCCCCACCACCCUACAGCCUGGGGACGGACCAGGCCUCCCACGCCUCAAAGCUCAGCUUCCAGGAGGCCCCUUCCAGCUUUACCUCCACCGACGGCACCUCACCACGCAGCACCCCUGGGCCUCCGCCCCUUCGGACCCCCCAGAGCAGAGGCACCAGCCCCCGCAGACCCGCCUCCCUCUGCCAGCCCCAGCCCCAAGUGCCCAGCCUCUGGCCCACUGCUGCUGAGAGCAACUUCCAAGGUGUUCAUUUUGGGGUCCCCUCCGCUGAGCUGGAACCCUUUCCUGAAAGCAAAAGGCCUGGCAGUCCCAGGGGGAGCCCCUUUGGGUACCCUGUCCCGGCCCGCUCUCCGCCCGGGGCUGACACCGAGGCCUUCGCUGGAAGCCUGGCUGGGCGGGAGCCGGCCCCGGGGCCGCUGCUGCUGACCUUCCACCCGCCCGUGGGAAUGUGGGCUGAGGCCGCCGGGGCCCCCGGCCCUGCCUACCUGCCGCCCUCUCGGCCUGCCCAGAGCCUCCUGCCCGGCUACCCCGGCCAGACGGCCGGCCACGAGGCCCCUGGCACCCUGGAAGGGGUGCCCUCCCCCUCUGCUGCUGCUCACUCGUCCCCAAACCCCUUCCCAGACAGUUUGCACAAGAGCCUGACCAAAGUCCUUCCUGAAGGACCCCCUUCUGCCCAUAAAGGGCUGGGCCUCCCCAGGGGCCCCCCAAACCCUCUGCCCCUGAAGUACUUCGCAGGGAAGUCCUACGGGGCCAAUGGGGUGGACACCAGCCCAGGGCCUCCGGACACAGAGCUCCCCGUCCCCGGACCCCCAGCCAGCAGACUGCCCCCGCUGUGGGACCCCGCGGUGCCCUACGUGGCCCGGGCCCCGGGCCUGCCGGCAGCAGUGAAAACUGCAUUCUUCGAAGGCCAGCUCCACCCCGGCCAGCAGUAUUGCCUGCCCCACCGCACCCCCAUGUCUUGGCCCACAGUACUCCCAACCUCCGGGCCGAACCCCCAUCAGAUGGGGGUGCUGAGCCAGCUACCAUUCUCUGGGGGGGGCCCCAAGUGGCCCGGGGACAGCCAGGGGGCCCCGGGCUCCACCAGCACGGUGCCCAGUCCUGGGGAAUCCCUGGUAGCCGCGAGCCUCAGCCCAGGCCAGCCCGGCGGCUCCCCGGGCCUGCUCAGCUGCAAGAGGCCGAACGACCCUGGGGCUCUGCCGCCGUUCUUUGGGGGAACCCAGCCCCAGGUGUCCCCCCGAGGGGCCCCUGGCCUGCCCCCGCCUCGCGUGGUGGGGGCUUCCCCCAGCGAGUCUCCCCUGCCCUCGCCUGCCACCCACACCACGGGCAGCAGCACAUGCUCUUCCCUGUCCCCGCCAUCCAGCAGCCCCGCCAACCCCAGCUCGGAGGACAGCCAGCUCCCCGGCUCGCUCCAGGCCUCAGCCUUCUUCCACGCCCCUGCCCACUCCCAGGAGACCUGCAGCCCCUUCCCGUCCCCAGAGCCGCCCCAAGCCCUCGCCACCCACUACCAGGCCUUCCCCUUCAGGGAUGACGGGCUGGGGACCGAGGGCACCUUCCAGGGUCUGGAGGAGGGGCCGGGGGCGGGCGGGGCGGGGCCGCAGGACCGCCUUCAGGGCCCCGCCCCGUACCUCACCCUGAGCAGCGCCAGCCUGGACCAGCUGGACGUGCUGCUGACCUGCCGGCAGUGUGACUGCAACUACAGCAGCCUGGCCGCCUUCCUGGAGCACCGGCAGUUCUGCAGCCUGCGGCCGCCCCGGGCCACCCCAAAAGUGCCUGCUGACACGGGCCCCGGCCCACUCAGCCACAGCCAGGCGGCCCCCUUCCUGCUGGCGGAGGGCAGAGAGGACCCCCUGCGGACAGGCCUCCUGCCCGGCCUGGCCACGGCCCCCUUCCCACUCCCUGCCUCUGACCUGGACCUGGAAGACGACGCCAAGCUGGACAGCCUCAUCACGGAGGCGCUCAACGGCCUGGAGUACCAGGCCGACAGCCCGGAGCUGGACAGCAGCUUCAUUGAUGUCUUCGCAGACGAGGAGCCGUCCAGCUCCAGGGCGGCUGGCCCCGGGCAGCCCCCCGGCUCCCGGGCCGGAGCAACUCCGGAGGACGACGUCCCGUCCCUGCUCGCGGCUCCCGCCGCUGCCUCAGAGCUCCGAACCCCCGGCCCUGGGGACAGAAACUGGCCAGCCCCAAGCAGGCCCAAAACCCGCUCCCUGAGCCUGGCCGCCUCAGAGUCGGCCGUCAGCCCCGCCAGGCCGCAGAGGAGAGGGAAGCAGUUGAAGUUGUUCCAGAAAGACCUGGACAUGGCCAAUAGCAGCACCAAAGGGCCGGCCAGGGCCAUCUGCCUGAGACCGAGGCGGAGGGGUCGCAGUGCCGACCGGGUGGCCCCCUGCCCCAGGGACCUCAGAACUCAGCCUGGCAAGGGCCCUGCAGACUCGGACCGGCAGGUCCCUGCAGGGACCAGGAGCUCCAAACGCCCACGCCUGCCCCCCGGGAAGGACCCCAGGAAGAGAAGGGUGCGGGGCGGCUCGUGGAGCAAAGAGUUCAUCCACAAGAUUGUCCAGCAGAAAAACAAGCGCUACCGGAAGCACGGCUGCACCUCCGACUCCGAGGAGGAGGAAGGCCUCCCACCGCAGGGUCCAGGCUCCAGAGGCCGCCCGCGCCCUGGCCGUCGGCGGGGCCACCGAGCCCACAGGCAAAGGGAAGAAAAGUUAACCCGGGGCCCCCAGGAGCUCACAGGGCAGGAGGCUGGGAACCCAGAGGAGACACACAGCCCACGACAAAGCCUGGACGCUGGAGACACCCCUGUGGAAAAAGGCCCUGAGCAUUCUGACCGCACACCAGUGGUUCCUGCCAGUACUGAGCCCCUAGAGGAAACCCAGCCGUCCCUGGGCCUCACUCCGGAGCCCCUAAAACCUGAAAGGGCUGCAAGCGUACGCCCUGACACUGUGAAGCCCGGAGAGGUGACCAGUCCUCCAGCGCCCCAGGGGAAGGAGAGCCCCAGGGGUCCCCAGCCCAACAGGGACAGGCCAUCGGGGAGCAGCACCCACGCGCUGCCCGGCCAGGGGGUGUCCACACCCAGUGUGAGAGCCCUGCUGAACGCCUCUGCCUGCACAGAGCUCUGCACGGGCCAGGACGGAGAGGCCUGCUCCACCCAGCCAGGAAGUGGCCCGGUGCCCACUGCCAACACCACAGCCGCUCCACGCCCUCAGCCAAGCGUCACGUGUGUGAAGGACUCUGCAGUUGGCUGUAAUCCUGCGCACUUUGACAGAGACUCCACGGGGGUCCCAGCUGCCCCAAAGGGGUCCCGAGCCGACAGCGGAGCCCUCCCAGGCUGGGCCCACACACCCACGGACGGGGCCGGCUGUCCUCCUGAAGACCUGUAUUCCACCGGCCCUUUAGCUGUCCACACCAGCAGCCCCUCCUACCUUGGCUCAGAGGGAGUGGAUACCUUUGAGCCACAUGAACCAGAACCACCAAAGAGCGCCCACCGUGCAGCCGAGAGGGACCUGGACAGAGCCCGGUCACCCCUGGCCUUGGCGACUAUGUCCCUCUUCUCAGGGCCGCCUGAGGAUGGAUUCGACCUGGCUGCAAACAGGGACAGCCACAGGCCACUGGCUCACACCAGCCCCCUCCCAGGGAAGCCACUGACGGACGCCCUCUGCCCCUCGUUUCUGCUGCUGGAAGCGGAGCCCCCCGUGCUGCCGAGCCAGCGUCCGGGCCUCCCCGCGGGUGAGGCGUGCGGGCAGCCGCGUCGGCCUCCAUGCAGAGGGACGCUCCCUCCCAGCCCUGCCCCCGUGCCCGGGAAGGGAAUCGAAUACAGCACUGCCUUCACGAGCGAUCUGUGGGAGGACGAACUAGAGAUCAAAAGAUUGGUCACGGAAUUAGAAAGCCAGCUGCCUAGAAGAGCGGGCGUGCACGUGAUCCCCGGAGAGGCUGAGGAGGCCGCGGGGGCAGACGGGCGCCGACCCGGCCCGGGCCCAGGGCCGGCCCCCCAGGCCGCCUUGCCUCCCAGGGCCGCACUCCUGGCAGUUGGCCUUCCCGGGCUGGGGGAAUCGAGCCCACGCUGGGAAGAGGCUCUCAGAAGUCCCCACGGCCAAUGGCCCUGUCCAGACACAGGAUGCGCAACUUCUCCUCCCGGCACUGACUUUACCCCAGCUUUGGGGGCUCCUUUUGACCCUUCCACGGACAGCCUCGGCUCUCGGGCCGCUCAGGAGGCUGGUGUCUCCCAGAUGGAGAGGGGCAGCAGGCGCCCUUCAGGUGGCCGUCUGCCCAACCCCGGCACGCGAGAGGAACCCCCGCCCCAUGCCGGGAGUUCAGCCAAGGGCAAACCCAACGGUGAACUUUUAUUUCCUAAAACCAACAGAACUACCCCGAUGCAAAGCAAGGUGUCCGCAGCCCGGGGAGGGGCUCCCCCACCGCCCUGCCAGGCCGGGCAGCCCCGGCGGGACCGCCGUCUCCCAGAACCGGUUGGACACGUGACGCCCGAGGUGGCGCUCUGGGGUCAUGGGGGAGCACUUGCAGACACAGCCCCGCCUCCGAGCGCCUGCCCCCACACCCCCUCUCCGGGCAGAGCAGGGGAGCCAGAGAGAGCCACACACCACCCCGUGGCAGAGGAGUCUGGCUUCGAAGGUGAAGACCUGGUACCAGCCGGGCCCCCCCAGCCUGUCCCUCAGUUCUGCCCUGUGCAGAGUCCUGCCUGGGUGCCUGAUUCGGGCCCCCGCAGGAGGCCCUGGGACCCAGCCUCCUGCUACGUCUGUCCACUCCCGGUCCUAGGCAUCAGAGGUGGGGACACAAAAGACACCCAGGCCCCCCCUGGGCAGCCAGCUGGGGGUGCCCAGGGCCCACGCCCCAGGGGCCCCUCGGAUGGAGGAGGAGACCGUGAGAAAGGAGGUUCCCCACAGCCUGCCCAGAGCACAGCUGUCCCUGAGGUGCCCGGACACCAGCCCGAGGCAGAUGGACAGAUGGACUUGCCAGGCUGCACUGAGAAGCCUGAGGCCCAGCGAGAAGGCAGCCCGGGGCGGUCGGGUAACCAGAGAGGCUCCAGAGAACCACAGCUCCUCACCAAGCUCCUGACCAGUCCCAAAGGCCCCGCAGGCAGCCGGGAGGGAGGCAGGGCGGGCUCAGGCUCCCCGGAGCAGGCCAGGGCCCCCCCAGGCCCCACCUCCUCGGGCCCCGCAGCGGCUGAAGGCAGAAUUCUAGAGACCGUGACCAGCCCAGGCCUUGCCGGGCAGCCGCUUCAUGGUGGUGAGAGACCCGCAGCCGCCCCCAGAGACCCGGACAUGUGUGCCCCUGCACCCACUUCCCUGGCCACCCCCACUUCCCGUGGCCCACAGCUCCCGCCCCGGGGAGAUCUUCCCUCCGCCCCGCCCCGAGUCGCAGUAGCCGCAGGGGAGCCGAGGGACCCUCCCAGCCCCCCACAUCCGAUGCCUCUGGAAGGAACAAACCGUGCCCAGCCCCCCACAAGGGAUCCCCUGUCUUGGAUGAGAAGCCACCGUGAUCCUGCCAGGAUCCUGCCUCGCCACUGCGUCCUGCCGGCUAAUGGCCCCGAGGACCUUCCCACAGGCCAGCCUGGCCUCACGGACACCUUAGGCCCCACAAGACACGGGGGUGACGGCACACUGAUGACUCUAGAAGAUUCUAGAAGAGAGGAGCUGGGGAGGACACUUGCCCACGAUACUGCCCCUCCCCCGAGGAGGGCUGUCUCUCCAGGCGCGGCUGUCCGGGCUGCUGGCCUGUCAGGCAUUCCCACCCAAGAGGGCACAGAGGCCCCUAGGGGGCCGGUGGCGCCGAACCCCCACUUCAGGGGGGCCCCACUGCCCACCACCGCUGACCCGACUCCCGAGGGCCCUGCCUCAGGCCCCCCGAGGAACACCCCCGGCCCGGACACCUCCACUCUACCCAUGGACCUUGCCAUGCCGGGGACCACAGAGUCGGGCCCCAGCCUGGAAGCCGAGGUGGCGGCUGGCGGCGGAAGCCAGGGAGGCCCGGGCACAGGCGGGAUCGCAUGUGCGGUGGCAGAGAUACCCAGAGCCAGCACCCGAAGCCCCACCGCCAGCUCCUCCCCCCCAGGGCUCCCGCAGUCCCAAGAUGCCUCCGCCGGGGACCCUCCCCCGAACCUCAUCGGUGUCUCCCGGAAGCCCCUCAGUCCCAAACGGAGGCCCCUCAGUCCCAAACGGAGGCCCCGUGGCUUUAAAAGGAAGGCUGAGCCUAUGGAGAAAGGCCAGGGGAGAGGCCAGGCCCCCGCAGAGCCGCCAGUGACCUGUGAGGUCUGCUCUGCCCGCUUCUGCACCGUAGCUGGCCUGAGCAGACACCGAGCCAGGAAGCACGGGCCCCGGGAGCCUGCCUGCCCCCCGCGCGCCCCCAGAGCCCUGGAGCCCACCGCCCAAACACGCAGGGCUCCCCGGAAGAGAGGCCACAGGGCACCCGGGAAGUCAGGGCCAAGGUCCCCGCCAGCGGGCCCCGGCCACCGCCCCGGCCACUGCCCUGCGGACAUGCUGGGUGCUGAGACAUCAGAGACAGCUCCUCAGAGGGGGCCCGGGGGGGCCGGCGCGCCCCUCAGCCAGCCGCAGCCCCCCUCCGGCCCAAGCGGACAGCGGAAGGGCGUGAACACCCCGGCCGCAAAGCCCAGUAGACCAGGGCCGCUGGAGGCCAACAAGUUCCACGCCAGAAAGACAGAGCGAAGAGAAGGCCGGAGGCAAGCGGGCGAGCCCACCGCUGCUCUCCGUAACCCGGAGAGGACACGAAAGAAGCAAGCCGGGGCACCGAGGGCAGGGAGACCCCGGGAGCUGGGCAGUCCCCAAGCUUCUGCCUAUGGCUCCACCGGCCUCACCCACUCAGAUCUGCCGACAGCAACCGGCCAUCAUCCUGCGAGCGGCCAGGAGGGACAGCGGGCGGCCGCUGUGGGCCCUCUGCCUCGCUCAGCACCGGAGGCCCAGGGACCGGAUGGCGACGCAGACCGGGGCCUGGGGCCUCUGGGCCCACCAAGGUCCCCUCCAGGGUGGUGGGAGGGCGGCUUGCCGCAGGACCGGCCCGUGGGGCCGAAGGAAGUCACGGCUGGGCAGUUGGAGGCCACGCGCGAGGCUGGGGACCUGGGCAUCCGCAGAGCGCUUCUGCAGGCUGCCGGGAGCCCACAGGGGGACCGCAGCAGCGCCCAGGGAGGACUGCACGGUGGCCCGGGCCCUCCUGAGGCGUCCGGUUCUGCAGCGGGCAGCACUGCUGGCCAAAGCCUCCCGGCCACCCCGGACACCGGGGGAGGGGCCCUGGAGCCUGCAGGCGCCGCCGCCCGAGUCCCCAGCCUGGGGCGCGGAGACCCUGUGAGCAUGUUUGAUGACGAGCAGUCCUUUUCACAGCUUUUCCCCCUGGGCGGCCGCCUGGCCAGGAAGAAGAGCCCCCGGGUCUACGGAAAGUGCUGCAAGAGGCCGCAGCAGCCCCUGCCCGCCCGGCCCCCCAGCAGGGCGGAGGACCGCCCCCCGCCAGCCUCCCCCCGGCUGCCCACAGACCUCAGUGACUCAGGCUCCCUCUGCCUCUCCCACGAAGACCUGUGGGAUGACCACAACGAGGUCGUGGGCCUUCCCGAGCCCUUCUUCACGGAUGGACUUCUGACCCAGGUGCCUGGCUUUGACCCCUGGCCCCCCAGCCUCGGCCUGUGGACCUUGGAGCCCAGCAGGGUGGAGGAGGGGCCCUCCCCCCUCUCCAAGGAGGAGGAGGAGGAGGAGGAGGAGGAGGGGGAGGAGAAGUGGCCGGAGGCCAUCCCUCGCCUGCACAUGGUCCCAGCGGCCUGGCGAAGCCUGGAGCUGCGGGGCCCCGAGGAGACCCCUUCCUCGCUUGGGGAUGCGAGCCCAGAGCCCCCAAACCUAGAGAGGGAGCACAUGGAUGACGGGCUCCCUGGGGACUCGGGCCUGCUCCCCCUGCGUGCCAAGGGCUUAGAGGUGCUCGGCUCGCAGCUAGAGAUACAAGACCUGCGCUUCCUGGGCUCCUGCGACGACCUUGCGGGCCUCCUCAGCCCGGGUCUGCUGGACUUCGAGGCCGCAGCAAAUGCCCAGGGCCCAGGGAGCAGGGGGAGGGAGGCGGUGGCAGGGGCAGGCCGAGGGCCAGGCGGAUGCCGGGCCGCGCCGGGCAGGAAGGCCUCCCAUGAGUGCCCGCUGUGCCUGCAGCGCUUCCGCGGCCUGGGCGAGCUGGACGUGCACGCGCUGGCGCACGGGCCGGCGCCGCCCCACACCUGCUUCAUGUGCGUGCAGCGCGGGUUCGGCUCGAGGGAGCUGCUCUGGGAGCACCUGCGGGAGAAGCACGUGCAGGCCGGGCCGGGCCCCUGGGCCUGCGGCAUGUGCCUGAAGGAGGUGGCCGACGUGUGGACGUACAACCAGCACCUGGGAGAACAUGCAGCCCGCUUUGCGCUCGCCGGGCGGCCGCUGCCACCCUCGGGGGACCUGCCCCCGUGUCUGGAAGGGGACAGCGCCUUCACACACUUCCUGAACAGCAUCAUGGAGCAGACAUCGGAAUCGCUCAGGGCCGGGGGCCCCGGGGAAGCACCCGGGCCGAAAGGGGGAGCCGAGGAGACCCCGGGGGAAAGAGGAACGCCCAGGCCGUGCAGCACCUCCUCCAGCCACGACAGAGCCCUGACACCUCCCGGGGUGUCAGCCGGCUGGGGCGGCCUGUCUGCGCUAGCCGGCACCUCUGCCACCCUGUCGGGCCCCGGCAAGAUGUCCCCAAGCCUGUCCCCGGACCCGUGGUCCCACAGGGAGCACCUGCUCCAGGCCCUCCCAGUGCACCGAGACUGCAAGAACCUGCUGCGGGACUGCCACCACUGCGGGAAGCCCUUCCCCAAGCCCUUCAAGCUGCAGCGCCACCUGGCGGUGCACAGCCCGCAGCGCGUCUACCUGUGCCCCCGGUGCCCGCGGGUGUACGCCCAGCACGGGGAACUGCGGGCCCACUUGGGCGGGGAGCACGGGCUGAGGGAAGAGCGCGAGCUGCCGCACACGCCGCUGUACACCUGUGAGCUCUGCGCCAACGUCACGCAUGCCAUCCGCAGGUCCUUCAUCUGCAGUUCCUGCAACUAUACCUUCGCCAAGAAGGAGCAGUUUGACCGGCACAUGGACAAGCAUCUGAGGAGCAGCCAGCUGUCCUUUGCUCUCCGGGGUGCCAGGCGGCCGGGGGCCUCUGAGCAGAAUGGGGCCCCUGGGUGGGAGGCCUCGGCCUUUGAGGGGACACUGCCUAGCAAGCGGAGCAGGGUGGCAUUGCCCAGUGGCCAGCCAGGGCCCGGCAAGGCAGACAGGCCCCUGUCCCCAGGCAGCCCUGCCCUGAGUGAGCCUUCCCUCCUGCUCCUUUCCCAGAUCUUCCUGGAGGUAGAGUCCAGCACCGCUGAGGGGCAGCCCAAGACACAAGAGAGACCCCCCAGCCCCGCCAGCCCCGUGGGUCACCCAGUCAGGGAAGCCAGGCUGCCUGCUGAUGGCCAAGAGCUUCUGCCCCGAUCUCUGUCUCCUCUCCCAGAUUCCCUGGCUGAUGGCAGAGGUGGCGGAAGGCUGGAGCGAGCCCUGCAGAGGCCCAGGGAAGGCACCCCAGCCGGCAGCCCUGGGCCACGGAAGCAGCCAGCUCCCCAGGAGGGAAAAGGGACUCUGCACCUGCUGUCAGGGAAACGCCAGAGCCCAGGCACCCGGGGCCAAUGCGCCCCUGGCCCUCCUCCAGGAGACCCCUCCCUGCCCCACAGAAAGAAGCUGGGGCCCGGGGGUCCCAUGGUGCCUGAGGGGGGUGAGGGGAGGCUCUCCCACAAGGACCGCGCCCACAAGCCAGAGCCCCGCCGCAGCUCACCCCCGGACAGGACACCCCAGCUCCCAACAGGGCCCGGGAAGCCUGUGGGGCGGGGGAGGCCCGAGCCCGCAGGGACGAAGCCCACCACCCCCAAAGCCAAGCCCAGACCUGGCUCCCACGGCAGUGGGGAGUCACGCCACAGCACCAAGACAGGGGGUGGCAGCCAGCCCCAGCCGGCCAGUGGGCAGCUCCAGAGCGAGACGGCCGUCACCCCAGCCAAGCCCGGCUGCCCCGGCCCGAGCCCCACACCAGCCCAGCCCAGGCCUCAAGCCCAGGCCAGGGGCUGCAUGAAGAGCCCCAGAGAGGCCAGCCAUCAGGGGCGUCGGGGGUGUCCAGGCCCCAGGGAGAAGAAAGGCCAGGCCCCGGAGCCAGCCAGGUGCAACCACGUGGGGAGCUCAGGUACAGCCCCCUCCGCCCCUGAGAAGCCCCCCCGGGCUCCCCGGAAGCAGGCCACGCCCAGCCGAGUACCCCCUGCCAGGCCCAGGACGGGCAGCCAGAUGGGCAGGACCAGGCCCCAGCCAGCAGAACACCAGAAGGAGGGGCCCAGCCACAUGCCCAGGAAGGAAGCCCCGGGCAAGGCUUCCCCCCUGCCCAGACCCCACAAGAGGGGCAGACACGCCCCCGAUGCUGAGCCCCGAGACCGCCGGACGGCUGAGUCCCAGAGCCACCUCCUCAGCCAGCUCUUCGGACAGAGGCUGACCAGCUUCAAGAUCCCGCUGAAGAAGGUCGCUUCUGAGGAGCCCGCCGGAGCCGCCGCCUGGAGCUGA